AAAUAACCUGUUGAGCCAGUCAAACGAACAGCUCAGUCUCUCAGGAGGAGGCACACUCGGCUCUUCCUCCGCUCUUCACUUCUUCCUCUUUCUACUGAAUUACAGCUCAACUGCGAGAGAGAUCCAGGGAAGAAGAAGUAUGGACUGAGUGUGUGUGUGUUGAGAGAGAAAGAGCGUCAUGUCAGCGACACACACCUUGGCCUGUUUCCUGCUGUGGAUCAGCUUUGCCUCGCAGGACAAAACCCCAGACAUCACGGUGACGUGCUUUGUGUCAGAAGAGUGCGUGCUGCCCUGCAGCUUCACGCCCGGCGGCGAGGAGACCGUUGAGUGGUUCAGGCAGGACGUGGCGGUGUACAAGUUUGAGCAGAACGAAAAUGACGACGACGGCGACACCAAGCGCAGCAGCGAGGAGGACUCGGACGACAAGCAGCUCGCAGCGCGCGCGUCUGUUUCCACGCACCUGAUUUCCCAGGGCAACGCCACCCUGAUCGUCAGGAGGAGCGGCCUCAAGGACAGAGGCACGUACAGGUGUCAUGUGCGCACGUCGACCGGCGAACAUGAAGCCAAAGUGAUCCUGAAGGUCAAAGCACCCAUCCGAGGCGUGCACAUGGAGCUGACGAGGCUGAGCGGCUACGAGGAGAUGAAGUGCACUGUGCGCGACGUCUUCCCCGCUCCCCGCGUGACCUGGGCGACUGAACCGGCCACGUUCGAGGACCUGCGGCCGGUCACGCGCAUGCUGGCCGACAAACGGGGGCUGUACACGGUGGACAGCCGCCUCAGAUUGUUGAACGGUCAGCCUGACCUCGUCUACAUCUGCAAAGUCACCACCUCGUACGGCGGCCCAGUGUGGACGACCUCCCUCAAAGAAAGAGAAAUUAAAGGAGCUCAGGGAAGAGAUCUGACCAUCCCCUGCUCCGCCCCUUCUUACCUGAGCAGCCCCUCCCUGGAGUGGAGCUUCUCCGAUGGCGAGGACCCCACCCACAUCCUCAGCUACGACGGCCACUCGGGCCGCAGCACCUCCGUGCCGCUCUGGGAGGGACACGUGGAGCUGGACGGCUACAAGGUCCCGUUUGGAGACGGUUCUCUGCGGCUGAUGGACCCCAAGCACGCGGAGCACUCGGGCAGCUACGUCUGCAAGUUCCUGACGCCGUUCAAAACGCACACGGAGCGCACCAACGUCAUCAUCGACGAUCCUGUCGGUCAGAGAAGCACAGCAGCAAAACCGUCUCAUUGGUGGGUUUUCGGUCUGGUGAUCGCAGGACUCAUCCUUGCUCUGGCGGGAAUGUUGGCCUACAUGAAGCUCAAAGGCUCAGGAAAGAAGCCCAAAAACGACCCCGAAGAGGUCACCGAGCUUCACUCAGUCAGAGAGCCGAGAGCGGACGCUUGUCUGAACCUGAGCGGCGUCAGCACCAAAGAAGCGGCGCUCCGCUAACCUGAGAGCAAACAGAAACCAGCAGCAGCGAGAGACUAACACCAUACUAACACCACAAACACUGAAGAGCAACGCAGAGCCCUUUUUUUAUGAAUAUACUGAAUUAUACCAUGCUAUAAACUACGACUUUGACUACUUUGGUAUUUUUGAAUGUUUUUAAACUUUGAAACCCUGACAAACGUCGUCAUGAAGGGUUCGUUUUGAACCCGGUCAAACCAAGUCCAUCUAUCUUUUGCCCUUUGAGGGUUGUCGGGGGGAGGUGGAGCUAAAUCCAGCCGACACUGGACGGAGGCAGAGUUUGAGAACCUUUCACAAAAGCUAUAUUCAUCGACAAACAACCGAUCGCAUGCACGUCAAAGAGUCUCCAGGUAAAGACUCGAAGUUAUUUCAGUGUCUGACUGACGGAGGCAAAGAGGUAGCACAAGAGCACCGCUGCACAAGUAAAGCAAGACAUCAGCAACAGAAACUGGGUGUUACGCAGUUGGCACCAAUUUUUGACUUUUUGGGCAACAAAGGUUGGUGGUGGUAGCACAAGAUCGCCCAGGGCAUGAUGACGUGAAGGUGGUUCCUCCUGCGACAGAACCAACAUUCAGGAGUGUUAACCUCACCUACAUCUGGAGGUCCACCGGGAUUUAGACCGAGAUCCCAAGCUCUUCCGUACCAUUCCGUACCACCCAUUUACUUUUAUGUCACUACCCUACAUGCAUCCGUGCGUCUUUUGCAUUGGCAUGGAUGCAACACUUGUACACUGUAACACAAUCUAAGACAUCCAUUAAUAGGGAACAUCACUCCUUGGUGUUUUGCCGAUGAAGAGCGACAUUUUCAGUAUUUGUUUGUCCGCCAUGACUUCUGACAACGUCACCCAACAUCUCCUCGAAUUAAAGAUACGGCACCUCACAGCGAGCCAGUGAGUGAAGCUCGGCGCCUGCGGUCACCCUCCAUUCUCUGGCUGCAGGGAUAAGCCAACAAGUCCUGGUAGUUUUUCCUGACUGAUUGGACUAUUGACUCAAUACUGCCCCCGCGAUGCCCGGUGGCAACUGUUUGAAAGCUCCCCUGCGAGGCACCACAACUGUCUUUUGUGGUAUAAAUGGGCCUUUAGAUGCCUGGUGACAAAAUGACUAGAGAACCAGGGAGUUUGUUCUCCUUCUAAUCAUUUCCAGGAGGCUGUACACUGAAGGGGCAAUGCUGCCCCUCCACAGCCUGAAGAUCUCUCUCCAGUCUCUCCACCAUCUCCACGCCGCCCCAGUUCAAAGUUCCUCCCAACUACAUAAGCCAGUCACAGCGAGAGCCUGGACCAGGAGGAAGCAAAAGGAUGUGGAGAAAAAUGAAGCAGCUGAACAGCAAGCAAAAGACCAAUCAGGAACCUUGUUACUGUAAGGAAACAAUGCAAAGCAGUGUAUCACCAUGUUGGCACAAAUCUUGUAUAUCUCUGUUUUCCAUCACACGGGUGGGACCUGACCGGACAUUCAGUCAUUUCCUUUCAGAGGCAGUGUCUCUUUCAGGGUCUUUCCUGACCCUUCACAUCAUUUGUCCCUGUGCUGCGCUAAAUGCCCUACUGUGAUUGUGACAGGACAAUGAUCUACAGUCAAAACACUGUAGUCAGACUUACUCCGAUAUUUUCACAUGUACCUGAACUAUAGUGUACCUCUAUCACCUUUAUGUGUCAUGAUUUAUGUGAUGUUAUAAAAAAAAAAAAAAUCACUGAG